AUUGAAUGUACUGAGCGACCAUUAAAUUUUUUUCAUAACCAAAUUAUUCUCAAAAUAGGAGAGGAUGAGUCAGAAGUAUUCGAAACUGUUUUCCCAAAGGUUUAUCGUCGAACAAUAACUAAACUUCACUUCGAAGUCCCUGCCCUAAUUAAGAUAUUCAAAGACUACAUGGAUACAAAAAAACAAAAUUGCAUAAUGUGUCCCGAAACAAUGUUAACUUCAGUUCAAGAAGUCUAUAGAGAUUACUUCAGUAGAUACAGAAUAUUUCGAGCAAAAAUAUCUCGGAGCAUAUUAAUCGAUAUCCCUGACGAAGUUGAACAAAACCUACUAAUUGAACAAACCCAUGAAACUUCACAUCGGGGAAUCAAAGAAAAUCAAGCAGAAAUUCUGAGAAGGUAUUAUUUUCCCAGAAUGAAAGCAAAAAUUAGAAAAUAUGUGCUUUUGUGUGAGACGUGUAACAAAAUGAAAUACGAAAGGAAGCCCUAUCGCAUCCGACUAGGGGAGACGCCUAUUCCUAAGAAACCAUUGGAAAUUGUCCAUAUGGACGUUUUCAUAUCACAGCCGUGUAUAUUUCUCUCAGCUGUCGAUAAAUUCUCAAGGUUUGGAACUUUAAUCCCUGUUAAAUCCAGGUCUAUUCCGGAUAUAAGAAGAGCGCUUAUCAAAUACCUGUCACUUUAUGGGCAACCAGGUUUAAUCGUUUCCGAUAAUGAACCAGCCUUAAAAUCAAUUGAAGUUCGUGGAAUGCUAAAUGACUUGAACAUCCAACAGUAUUUCACACCAGUGAAUAAUAGCGAGACAAAUGGUAUAGUUGAACGUUUUCAUUCAACUUUGAUCGAAAUCUUUCGGUGUAAUAGGCCGAAGUAUGACUAUCUCUCUCUUAAAGAAAUGUUCCAACUAGCCUGCACGCUGUACAAUAAUGCUAUCCAUUCGUCUAUCAAUUUGAAACCACGUGAAGCAUUUUUUGGAGUCAAAGACGGAGAGGAGAGACCUCUCGACCAAAUUGAGUUAAUAAGAGUCCGUAAUGAAUUUUAUGAUAAAAUUACUGCCACUAACAAAGAAACACAGGUUAAACAGCACAUGUAUCACAAUGCUACAAGAGAAGACCCACCAGUUCUCGAAGAAGAUCAACCUAUUCUCGUUAAGUGCCAAGGUAUCAAAUCGAAACGGAGGGAUCGAUUCGAACUGAAAAUUGUAGAUAACGAUGGACACCAAACGCUCCACGACCAGGACGGGAAAAAGAUUCAUAAAUCAAACCUACACCGGAUUAGGAAUUAAUAUUCUCUAUUCUUCUUUUCAGACAUUGAAACCGCAAACCAGUUACGAUAUACCGUUCUCACUCUAUAUCAUACAACUGGCUAACAUAAAAGAUGAAAAGAUAUCACACAGAUCAUCUCACUUCAAUGGUAGACAAACCUAACUCUCUGGAACGGAAUAAUAAUAAUAAAAAAAAAAAUGUUUGUGCCCUAUAAUAAAACCUUCUCCUCUUACCAUUUUAGGUUAAAAAGUAAACUUUCCAUUGGCAGCUUGCCACCCUACGUCUAAGUACUUUUACACGUCUGUUACAUCGAGCCUAAUACAACUCUCACCUUCAGGAAAAUGCUACGAAGCUUACUGAAAACAUGGUUCCUCUUGUCGAUUCCAGUAUACUGUAGUUCAGAAUUAGAUAUUGUUAACCUUCAUAAUAACCCAAUCGUUCUUAUCAAACAAAACAACUGUAAAUUACAAACCGGAACCAUUAAAAUUAUUCAUCCAAUCAAUCUACAUCAAAUCGAAGAGAGCAUAGAACUACUGACUACAAAAUUUUAUACACAACUAACCCCAACUAACCCAAUGAACGAGGUUGUUAAAUAUCGGAUCAAGAAGCUGUAUUCAUCCCUCUACGCGUUGAAACCGCAACAAGCGCAUCGACACAAGAGAUGGGACUCAUUAGGCGCUGCGUGGAAGUGGAUUGCCGGAUCGCCCGAUGCACAAGAUCUACAGAUCAUUAACUCUACAAUGAAUGAUAUCAUCGAUCAAAAUAACCAGCAAUACAGAGUUAACGAAAACAUCAACAACCGGAUUUCGAAACUAACGCAAGCAAUCAAUCAAAUAGCCAGCGCUCUAAACCCCCAGAAUGGAUUGGACGUUAUGCAAGCAAUUACCACAAUGUUGAACAUGGACGUCAUUAAUGAACUCCUCGACAAUAUCCAGGAAGCAAUCACCCUCAGCAGAAUUUCCGUUAUUAACAACAAAAUUUUAUCAACACGAGAAAUAAACGUGAUCAAAACCGCUCUUCAAGACCAAGGAGUGAAGAUAAAUUUUCCGGACGAAGCCCUACAGUUUGUUACUCCAAAAAUUGCCGUGAAAGAAGGAGACUUGUUGUACAUACUCCAUGUUCCAGAAUUGGAAAACGCAACAUCUACAAUUGUGAGGAUAUACCCGCUGAUCGUAAAUAAUCAAAUGAUAAAAUCGUACCCAAGCCACAUUAUACGGCGUGGGCCAAAACUUUUCGAAACAGAUAAGCCCGAAGACUUCGUACAGAGAUCAUUCCACACUAAAGAAUUCGAAGAUAAAUGUAUUAGACCACUAAUACUGGGAAAACAAUCACAUUGUACCUCAGUUCACAAAAAUGAAACUACCCAACAGCUAAUAAACGAAAACACCUUAUUAAUUUCAAACGCUAAAAAUCACACACUAGAAUCCAAUUGUGGACCCGAUAAUAGAACCAUCACUGGCAAUUUCAUCAUCAAGUUCGCGAACUGUACGAUUAAAUUCAAUAACCAUAAAUUUCAUAAUUCGGAAACCAUGGUGGAUACAGAAAUCCUGCAUGGAGCAUUCCACAAUAUUUUGAUCAAUUGGACCAUUCAAAACCAACCUAAUAUAAAGGAAAUCCACGACACAGCCAUCAACAAUAGAAGGAAGUUAGACCACGUUUAUUUGCAACAAAGUAGCCUUCGCUUCAAUCUAUGGAUAACGUUUGGAGGAAUAUCUCUUUCGACAGCGAUUUGCUUCAUUAUAAUAAUCCUUAUUCUGAGAAACAUCAAUCCUUGCCUAAUGUUCAAUUUUAGGAAAAAGCAGCAACCAAAUGUCGACCCGGGACGGCUCGAACUUGAGGAGGGGGUAGUUACGAACGCGAUUGAGAAGCUAAAAGCCCAACAACAACAAAUCGCAGCAACCCUGGCUGCGAUGGAAGUUUAACAACAACAAUAACAACAACAACAACGUGCUACGAUUAUUCGCACUCCGCGAGUUGUAUCGAGAGCAAGUACAGUUGAAGCCACCUGUAAUUCUUGCGUUAAAUGCUUUGCCACGCCAACCAACCCGGCGCGAUCAUCAAUAACAAAACCUUCCACUCUGCAGCAGAACUCAGCGUACUACCUAUCGAUGCGAUAGCACCGAGAGUGCCGAUUUAGCAGAAUG